UGAUGAAUGUCGUUUAGAUUGGUUGUGGUGACGCACGUUGACGAAAGUGGUAAGCGGUUAUGAGUGUCGCACCGAAAAUUGAAGUACCAAAAAAAAACUCCCAAAAGUCAGCAGAGUCGCUCAUGACAACUGAACGUGAAGCUACAAGUCACAACACAACACCUGCAACGGUGGACGCUAAAGAUGUCGACCGGGCCAAGAGUGGUGACGAUUGUACGUUGGAUGGCAUAUUGGUGCGUAUUGGGCAAUUCGGACGUUUUCAACUCUUCAACUAUGUGCUGCUCUGUAUACCCAUGAUAUUCAAUGCCUUCUUCUCCAUCUCUUAUGUAUUUACUGCGAGUACGGUGGUGCACAGAUGUAAUGUAACGCAAUGUGACAGUCCGUCGAGCGGUUACAACGAGCCAUGGCUAAAUUUCACCAUACCCAUGAAAGGUUCCAGCUACGAUCAGUGCACUCGCUACGUGACUAACGACAAUCUUCAGCGUGUCUCGGGAAAUUAUUAUACAGAUCCUUCGAGUGAGUUUUGUACUGCGGCAAAUUUCAAUCGCAGUGUUACGGAGAAAUGUGGAAACGAUUUCAAAUUUCGUGAUAACGAAUAUACGAUUUCUACUGAGUUUUCCAUAUUUUGCUCUAGUAUUUGGAUGUUGACUAUGGUUGGUACGGUAAAUAAUGUCGGACAAUUCGUUGGUAUACCAGUAGGUGGCUACUUUGCGGAUCGUUUGGGUCGUCGUACAAUGCUUGCUGUGGGUGGUUUCCUUAGUGCCAUCAUGGGCAUACUGCGUUCCAUAUCGACCAAUUAUUAUAUGUUCAUCGUUUUUGAAUUCAUCGACAUGGCUGUGGGCAGUACACUCUUUCCCACCGCCUUUCUGCUGGCCAUCGAGUUGGUGGGACCAAAACGUCGUGUAGCUGCAGCGACCAUUAUCACGAUCUUUUACUCCCUAGGCGAAGCAUUUUUGGGUGUUUUAGCGCAACAAUUUCAAAAUUGGCGUUAUCUACUGCGUGUACUCUACACACCAGCAUUGCUGCAAAUACUCUUCCUCUUCAUACUGCCAGAGAGUGUACGUUGGCUGCUUAGUCAGGGUAGAGAGGAUGAUGCUACACGCUUGUUGAAACGCGCUGCAAGCGUAAAUAAACGUGAAAUACCAGAAGAGGAUCUUCAAGCUUUGGUGGCGGAGAAUAAAGCUAAGCUAGAGCAAGCACAAGAGAGUCACUAUCCCAUCUGGAAGGCGCUGAAACUAUUUCGUUGGCGUAUAUUGAAUUGUUGUUUCUGCUGGUUUACGCAUACUUUGGUCGCAUUGGGUUUGAGCCUCACGUCAGUUACGUUGGGCGGCAAUAAAUAUACGAAUUUCCAACUGAAUGGUAUAAUACAGGUACCGGGUUUGAUCUUACCUCUACUAAUUAUGGACAGAGUUGGUCGACGCUUUUCGCUCUGUGGCUCUAUGUUGGUGUGUGCCCUGUGUAUGGGCAUAACGGCGGUUGUGGGCGGCAAUCAUGAAACUGUCGAGUUGCUGCUAUUUUUAAUUGGAAAAUUUGCCAUUACAUGCAGUUUUCAGAUUUUAUAUUUUUUCACCUCGGAAAUAUUUCCCACAAAUGUGCGCAAUAGUUUGUUAUCAUUUUGCUCGAUGGUUGGACGUAUCGGCUCGAUGUUGGCGCCGCAAGCACCGCUUUUGGCCAAUUACUAUGAGUAUGCGCCACAAAUACUUUUCGCCACUUUUGCUUUAAUUAGCGGUACUUUAACUCUACUCUUUCCUGAAACGACGGAUAAAGUUCUGCCAACAACACUGCAGGAUGCCGAACAAUUGCAUGAUAAAACUCAUAGAAAUAACACAAAUAUUGUGGAAUAAUUGAGAUUGUCUGCUGCUGAAGUCGAUUUGGUGUUUAAUAGUACCUACUUAUUUGUAUGUGCAGAUUUUAUUUUCAUGCGUGUAAGUUUAAAGAUAAAAAAUUAAGUUUAUUUUAAUA